AUGGCGCUCACUGCUAUCCUCAUCGGCCUCGUCGUCGUCACCUUUGUGCUUCGACGGGUGUUGGAGUCGUUGCGCCACGCCAAAAACGCUCGCGAAUUGGGCUGUAAGCCUCCGCCCCUGGCUCCCAUCAAGGAUCCUCUCGGCAUCCUGUCUCUCUUGGAAAUGAUUCAGGCGGACAAGGAAAAGCGAGUUCCCGCUCUCACGGAGCAGCGUGUCAACAAGAUGCGCGACGACAAUGGAGGAAAUUAUGUCACCACCAUGCGCCUAAGAACCGGUGCUGUCGAGAACAUUCUGACCAUUGACCCCAAGAAUAUCCAGGCCAUCUUGGCCACCCAGUUUAAGGAAUUCUGUGUGGGUGCUCAGCGAGAGAGUUGCAUGGGUCCUCUUCUCGGAGCUGGUAUUUUUACCACUGAUGGCCCUGCGUGGUCGCAUUCGCGCGCCAUGCUUCGCCCCCAAUUCACUCGCGACCAGAUCAGCGACCUCAGCCUCGAAGAGGUACACGUCCAAAACGCCUUCAAGGUGAUGCCGCCCGUCAACAACCAGGGCUGGACCGAAGUCGACAUCCAGACCGUCUUCUUCCGCCUCACCCUCGACUCGGCCACCGAGCUCCUCUUUGGCGAGUCGUGCAAGUCCCAGCUCGUCGCCCUCGACAACGCCAACAAUGACAAGGAGUUUUCCGCUCGCGGCACCGACUUUGGCGCCAACUUUGACCGCGGCCAGUGGUAUCUGUCUCAGCGCGUCCGCACGCCCUUUCUCAAGUUUCUGUACAACGGCGACGAGUUCAAGAACUGCUGCAAAGAGGUCCACCGCUUCGUCGACCAGUGCGUCGAGCGCGCCCUCCGCGAGACGAGCAAGAAGAAGCUCGACGCCGACGGCAAGCCCCUCGAGGGGGGCGAGCACUACGUCUUUUUGCAUGCCAUGGCCGCCGAGACCCAGGACCCCAUCGAGCUCCGCGCCCAGCUCCUCAACGUCCUCCUCGCCGGCCGCGACACCACCGCCUCGCUGCUCUCCUGGACCGUGAUGCUCCUCGCCCGCCACCCGGACAAGUUUCAGCGUCUCCGCCGCGACAUCAUCGAGACCUUUGGCGGCUACGAGAACCCCCGCAACCUGACCUUUGCCAACCUCAAGGCCUGCACCUACCUCCAGCGCGUCAUGACCGAGGUCCUCCGUCUAUUCCCCCCGCUGCCCAUGAAUGCCCGCUACGCCACCUGCGACACCAGCCUGCCCCGCGGCGGCGGCCCCGACGCCGAGAGCCCCGUCUACGUCAAGAAGGGUCAGGCCGUUCUCUACAACGCGCACAUCCUGCACCGUCGCACCGACAUCUGGGGUCCCGAUGCUGGCGAGUUCAACCCAGACCGCUGGGAGGGCCGCAAGGGCGGCUGGGAAUAUCUCCCCUUCAACGGCGGCCCUCGCAUCUGCAUUGGCCAGCAGUUUGCCCUCACCGAGGCCGGUUACGUCCUCGCCCGACUCCUCCAGCGCUUUGACGGCCUUGAAGAGCUUAAUCCUAGCAGUAAAGUAUCCUGGGGUCUGACCUUGGUCAGUCAGCCUGGCGAGAGUGUCAAGGUCCGCCUGCACGAGGCUGUCUAA